UUUAACCCACAGGAUGCCUACAUGGAGGAGGAAGGGUCCAGAGGUGACAUGACGAUCCAGUCGGGCCUCAGCAACUCAACAGAGAGCAUCGACAGCAUGAAGGCCUUAACAGCUGCCAUAGAAGCCGCCAACGCUCAGGUCCACGGACCCGCCAGUCAACAUGUCAGCAACAGCACCAUGACGGUCAGCACUGCCAGCUCCUCCCACCUGAGUAGAGGAACGGCUGUCGAAGAACAUCGGGACGAAUGCAGGAAGGAAGCCCUCAGGAAGGGGAAGUGUCUCUCCAUCGGCAUCCAGGUGGACGGACCUGAAGAGGCUCCAGACCCAGAAGAUCCAUCCAAGUUCACCUCAGUAGGGGUGCAGGUGGAGGACGACCGAGGAUAUCGGAGGCUGCAGCGCUCCAACAGCGUGACGGCAGCCGUACAGGCAGAUCUAGACUUACCAGACCUUCUGGACACUCCUCUGGACUCUCCACAUCCUCACCGAGGACGCCUGUCAUCCUGCGGCCUCUCUCGGAAAUAUUCCCGCGAUGCGGCCACCUCCACCGUCAGCAUUCAGGGCUCAGGGAACCAUUACCAUGCCUGCACCUCCGAUGAUUACGAAGAUGUUGGUUUUGACCCCUCCAUCCUCCCCCCACCAGACCCCUGGAUAGACACCGUUACCGACGACCCCCUGGAUGCCAACUUUAACAGCUCUGCCAUCCUGGAGGUGGUGCAACGGUCAGUCUGUCAGAGAGACGGACGCUGGUUCCUGAAGCUUCUGCAGGCAGAGACCGACCGCAUGGAGGGAUGGUGCCGACAAAUGGAGCUGGACCAGCGGGAGAACGACCUGCCUGAAGACAUUCUGGAGAAGAUGAGAACGGCGGUAGGAAGCGCCCAGCUGCUGAUCUCCCAGAAGUUCCAGCAGUUCAGGGAACUUUGUGAAGAGAACCUGGUGAGUGAAAGUUAUUCAGAAACGGAAACAUUUGAGUUAAAAAGAUUCCCUGUUGGAUCCUUCAGUAGUCGUCUGGAGAGGCGACUUCCACCUCCUGUGCCAAAAAAGCCACAUAAAGUGGCCCCCCACCACCACCCGCCGCUGGCCAGAGACCGCUCGCUGGAGAGCUCUGAGAAGCAGCGGCAGGAGGCCAGAAAGCGCCUGAUGGCUGCCAAGAGAGCAGCCUCUGUGCGGCAGAACUCAGCCACAGAGAGCGCCGACAGCAUCGAGAUUUACAUCCCUGAGGCACAGACCCGGUUAUGAAGACGCUAGCAUGGACACGACCUCGCAGAUACACCCGCCAUCCUCCAAACCAAACACGCAGGACUUUUUUCCCCCAGAGGUAGAAACUAAUGUGAAUAUUUCAGGUCUGUGUUCUUUUCAUUUUAACGUCCUCCGUUUUUACCUCUUCAGUCAUUUUUUGAUGAAGUAGCAACAGAAGUUCUACAGGUCCAGUUUUAACGAAGAGUUCCUCUUCCCUGCGACGGUUUUUAUAGCAUCUAGAGGAAGUAAAGGAGAAUAAGCAGCUCUGGAUAUAAGCUGCAGCAGGUUCAUUUACAUUUCAACAGCCAAUAUAGGAAGAUCUGAGGUGGAAGUUGCUUCAGUCCUUCCUGGUAGGACAGGACGUUGCUAAGAACCGCAGAUGAAGCACAGCUUCCUGCAGCUCAUGCUGUACAUCAGCAGAUCUUUGGGGGGGUGCUCCAAAUGCCACCUAAUACUAUUCAUGAGUGAAGGUAGCGGGCAUAGUUUAGCUUUCUGGAGGUCAAAGCCCUUCGCUUCUCCUAAAUGCAGCACAUGAUGGAGGGGGCUCGUACUUUUCUCUGGUUUUUAGAUGAGCUGGAAACAUAUCUUCUUAACCACGACCUGGUGUUGCUGGUCCAAAAGACGCACUCAGAGGAGCAAACCCCAAAGACCAGGUGAUCAUUGGCCGGAGCAGGACGUAAAGACGGACCUCUGAAGUCGAUAACAGUCUCUCUCUGG